AUGGACAACGAACUGUCCUGGAAAAUGAUGAUGAAUGAGCUUGCACCAGAGACAGAGACACCAGGAGCUGUACUGAAAGUGCUAGGCUUGGUGUGGAGGACUGAAAAGGAUGAUUUCGUCUUUGAUCUGACUGCAUUGCUGGACGCUUUAGCAAAAAGAGAGAACACCAAAAGGUGCGUUCUGACACUCUUUGCUCACAUAUUCGACCCAGUAGGCUUUCUAACUCCUUUCACUGUGUGGGUGAAAUGCCUUUUUCGAGGCCUUGGCUGGGAUGAGGAGCUGCCUACAGAUCUUGCACAAGAAUGGCAAAGCUGGUGUUCAGAACUUCCACAGAUCCACCACAUAGUCAUUCCCCGCUGGUAUGGAAUAAAAUCUGAGCACAAGCACGAUGCACAACAACUUCAUGUGUUCUGUGACGCAAGCGAGAAAGCUUACAGUACAGUUGCAUACUUGCUGCGAGAGGCAGAUGAUGGAACAAAGUCUACAUGCCUCGCUGCUUCAAAGUCCAGGGUAGCCCCGCUGAAAAAGAUGUCCCUGCCACGUCUUGAGUUGAUGGGAGCAGUCAUUGGAGCAAGACUAGGAAACAACUUGCUAAAGCCUCUGAAUAUGGAGCUACAACAGGUUCACCUGUGGACAGAUUCAAUGAUCGUACUACAGUGGAUUCGCAGUCCAGCUUACAGAUGGAAACAGUUUGUGUCAAACAGAGUAGCUGAAAUACAGUCUUUAACCAACCCGGCAAUGUGGUCUCACUGCAAAGGCAAGGCCAAUCCAGCAGAUCUCCCUACCAGAGGACAGACCGUAGCUAAUCUGAAAGAAAGCGGACUGUGGUGGAAAGGACCCCCAUUUCUGACUACUCCAAAUCUGUCUGAGGAAAGUGAUGAAGAUCAGAGUGUUGAAGAUGUGACUAAUGAGCUAAAACAAGUUCAGCAGAUUAGUGUGCAACUCAGCAGCAGCAGUGACCAAAGUGAAACAGAACCUGUGCUAGAUUUACCGAAGUACAGUAAACUGAAGAAGUCGGACUUCAGUUACAGAGAAAAACACCCAUGGAUUCUACCUAGCAAAGGCAGAUAUUGUGAGCUGCUGGUCCAGUACAACCAUGAAGUUACCAUGCAUUCUGGUCUAAGAGACACUCUUGUACAAAUAAGAAGUAGACACUGGAUUUUGCGAGGCAGACAACUUGUAAAGGGUAUCCUGUCAAAAUGUACUGUUUGCAAAAGCUUUAAAGCAAAACCCACACAACAGGACACGGCUCCACUCCCACGAGACAGAAUAACAGAGACCCCUCCAUUCGCAGUGACGGGUAUAGACUUUGCAGGUCCACUGUAUGUGAAGAAUGAUCGUGUGCUAUGCAAGGCUUAUGUUGCUCUGUUCACAUGUGCAGUCACCAGAGCAGUGCAUUUGGAGCUUGUAUCAAGUCAGUCAACAGAAAGCUUCCUGUUAGCGUUUGUUUCUAGAAGAGGAUUGUGCAAGGUCAUUUAUUCAGACAAUGCCAAAACUUUCAAAAGAGCAAACCAAGACCUCAGUGAGCUGUGGCAUGCCAUCAAAUAUCCACAACUGCUGGAAUACUUCUCAGGGAAGGGUAUCAGCUGGCACUUCAUCGUAGAGCGAGCGGCCUGGUGGGGCGGAUUUUGGGAAAGGCUAGUGAGGUCUGUAAAGACGUGCCUUAGAAAGGUGCUAGGAAGAGCAUCGCUCACCUUUGAAGAAAUGACUACACUCCUCACAGAAGUAGAAGCUACACUGAAUUCCAGACCCCUUACCUUUGUCCACAAUGAAGCUGACGAGCCACUGACACCUGCUCACUUCCUGGUUGGUGAACGACUAACUUCACUGCCGCCAAAACCAUUCCCUGCAGACCAUGAUCAUACCACUGUGAGUAAGGAAGAGAUGACAAGGAGGUGGAGAUACAAAAACAGACUCAUGACCAAUCUGUGGAAUCGUUGGAGGAAAGACUAUCUGCUAGACUUGAAAUCUGCACAUUCUUGCAGCACACAGAAACCCACUGUGCUGAAAACAGGUGACAUUGUUCUCAUAGGAGAUGCCAACAUGCCAAGACAAACCUGGAAAUUAGGAAAAAUUGAAGAGCUGUUUCCAGGCAGAGAUGGGAAAGUUAGAUCCUGUGCUGUUCGCACAUCCACAGGAACUGUAUUAAGAAGACCCGUUCAGUUGCUUUAUGUGUUAGAGAUUUAAGUUGAUGAACAGUCGUUCA